AUGCCAUUCCUGCAGCGAGUGAGCGUCCUGUUGGCCUCGGCGUGCAUUCUCUCUGAGCUCUCAGGGGUUUCUGCAUUCAAUGCCCCCCUUGUUCAUAUUCAAAGUUCAGUCAAGACUCGUGGAAGAGCAACCCCGCUUGCUCUCAGAAUGCAGUCAGUGAAUCGAAGAGAUUCCAUUGGAAUCAUGUUGGCUACAGCUGGAAUGCUUGCUCAGACCAAAGAUGUUGGAGCCAAGGAUGUUGCAGAUGGCGGCCUUCCUGGAGGUCUUGCAGAGUACAUGAGUAUCAUCAAAUCCAAGAAGCAGUGGGGGGAGAUCGGCAACCGCGUCUCCAAUGGACAUGCAGAAAUGUCGGAGGAGGAGUGGAAGAAUGUUCAGGGUUAUCUCAGGAAGUUCUUCGACACAGGGAAGGACAUGGAAGUUGUUGCGAAAGCCUUUAGCCCUGAAGAGCAGAAAGCUGUCGCCGAGGUCAGCAAGGAGUUCCGAAAGGCGGUCAAAGGCAUUGACAAACCAGCAGCUGCCAAGGACUGGGAAACGUUUAUGGCUCAACACAAAGUCAUUCUCGGUUAUAUUGACGAGUUUCAAGACAUUCGCUCCGGCAAGAAAAAGAUACAAUCUAAUGCUCAGUAUGUUCCCGACGAGUUGUAGGCUACUGUCUUCAAUUUUGUGGUUUCAAUGUCGUGCUAUUGAUAACAUUGUGCACUGCUAUGU